AUGCCGUUCUCACUUUCACCUGCUCGACGCGCUUGCUCUGCUCAAGGGAAUCUGUCGAUAUACAAUCAGGCGAUCCGCCCUCGCGGCGAAAUCGACAUCUCUCCCUCGCACCAGCAAAGAUACAUCCGCGAGCAGGUCGAUCUCCCAAGCCGAUACUCCCGAAGACUAGUCAAGUCCAGGGAAGAACGCUCUUCACACGAAGGUACUUACAUCCGCGAGGAGUAUUCAAUCAACGAAAGUUGGACAAUGAGCUUGUUCAACUCGUUCGUACCGGCUCUGAUUCGGAGCCGCAUUCCUCGAUUCAAUGCAUUGCGAGGAGUUCAGGAAGUUGUACAACACUUGCAGGCACCGCAUAGCCUGGAACCCCAAAUGAAUGAGGAGUCUGGGAUCGGUCAGAACGGUAUGACGCUCGCUCCAGUGGCGGUUGCUUCUAGAAGGGGCACCAGAGCCAUAUGGGACUUGACCAGCAACAUGGCAAACGGAGAGAGCAGACCUAGCCAGUCGGGGGUUAACUGGAGAUACGCAAGCAAUGGCGCACAAGGCCUCGUCACUUCCGGACAGGAGUACCUCAGACACCAUGAGUCUAGCUAUGACUCUAAUUUCGAGCGUUUCCAAUACAUCCAAGGCACACAGGGUAUCCUUCACGGCCUUCCCGAAAAUCUCAGCGCAGAGGAGGUCACCAUGCUGAGCGGCGCCAUGCCAUCUGCCCUUGUUGCUAAGUUGGCAAGACAGGUUGGCGUCGAACCUCAGGAUCGCGGGUACGAGGAGCGCAGUUGGAUUCACGUCGUAGUCUACAUCUGUCUCUGGGCAACGUAUCGAAUCUUCUUUUGGCUGGCCCCUUUGGUGGCCAGCUUGUUGCAAUGGGUCACAGAGUGGGAAAGGGACCACCAUUAUGUCCAGGAAGCACUGAUUCGCUUGACUCGCUUUUUAUUCGGUUUCAACCUGCUUCUCAGUAGUAUGCGCGAAACUCGUUGUGCGAAAGCCAUCACCUCAUUCUUUGGCGUCAUCGUGGAUGACGCUCUGGGAGGAGUCAGAGAGUUUUCCGAUAGGUUGGCCGCUGGUAAGCUAGACAGGCCCUUGUGGGAAAUCUGA